AUGUUUCAAAAACACCAAAAUAAUUUAUAUUUAUUACUUUUUCUCCUCCUAUUUUCUUUCUUAUUUAUUUUAAUUAAUUUAUUUUUUAAUUCAAAUAUAAUUUCUGAAAAUAAUUCUGAUUUAAAUAUUGAAAAUAAAGGAAGAAUUUUUGGUUUAAAAAAUAAAAAAGAAAUUGAAAGUUUGAAAGAAGAAUCACAAAUUAAAAAGAAUAUUAAAAAAAGACGGGCAAUUAGUAAUACAAAUUUUGGAGUUAAAUAUUACUAUGUUAGCAGAAACAAAAAUGGAAAUAAUAAAAACAAUUAUUAUUAUUAUUUUAAUAAUGAAGCAAAGAAAAAACAAAAAUUCAAAAAAUAUUCAUUAUUAUCAAUAAUUACCGCAAAAAAUACAAAUAAAUGUCCAAAUAAAUUAGAUGCUGUUACUGAAGGAUAUAAUAAACGUUUAUAUUUAUUUUCUGGUGAAAUUGUUUAUGAAGUAUUUAGAGAUAUUUAUGGACUUCAACAAAGACAAGCUUAUUUAAUUAGAGAAUUAUUUCCAAAUGGCCCAAGACAAGUUACUGCCGUUUUGAGUAAUCAGAAAAAUGGAAUUACUUUAUUAAUUGCUUGGAGAAGUGUUUAUCGUUAUAGAUGGAAUAAAAAGAAUAAACGAUUUUAUAUGGCAAAGAAUAGUCCACGAGAAUUACCUUUUAAUAUUACUUUUGUUCCUCGUAUAGGAUUUCAAUGGAAUAGAGGACAUUUAAUUUUAGCUAAUAAAAAUCGUUUUGCUAUUUAUGAUCCUUAUUGGAAUUUAGCUCCUUUUGUUUCAAAAGAAGCUGUUAAUUAUUUCCCAAAUUUGGCAUUAGAAAAACUUGUUGGUGUUUUGAAAUAUAAUAAAGAUUCCAUGCUUUGGAUGACUAAAGAAGGGAAAAUUCUGUUAUACGAUUUGCAUAAACACAAAAUUGGAAUAGAAAUGCCAAUAAAUUUGUCAAAAUUUAUAGCUUGUCUACUUUCUCCAAAUUCAACAAUUGGAAAUUUUGGAUUAUAG